AUGUGUACCUCCCGCCAUCUCACAGUGACACUGGUCACUUUCGAAGUAUCUCGAGGAUUUUUCCCUUGUGCUCCCAUUGCACCUACACUAGCCGUGGACAUCCAUGUUCUGCAACUUGUCAAGGAACUUUUUGUUCCCUUAGCACCAAACGUCACUGGGUGGUGUGAUGCUUUCGAAGUGUUACUAGAUGACCUUAGGAAGGAAUUCGCCGCCGAUUUAACAACACCUAUCAUUGGUACUGCAUUCUGUUGUUAUUCAGUCGCAGACAAAUACAAGAAGGACUGGGACAUGUACGCUCAGACUGCCGAAACCCCCCUCACGAGCAGGAUGCAGAACACGCUGAGGAAGAUGAAGAACAUGUCAAGAAAGAUGCCGAAGACAACGAGGUUGCUUGGCGUCCGUCGGAAUACUUUCAUGGAUGGUGUCCACUUUGUUAUGGAGCUCAAGACUGGAGAUUGGCCCGCAGUACAGACCGUAGGCUGUAUUGAUGCAUGUUUCAAUCAGAAGCGCACCCAUGCACACAAUGACAAUCCCAAGAAUCCGACAGAAUCUUUCUUCAUUUCUGACAAAUCAUCAACAUCGAGUAGAAAAAAGCAAGGGUCGACUGUAGAGGCUGAGGAUGGGUAUGAGGAUGGAAUGCAUGUUCCUACAUCAGUAUUGGAAGGUUGCAAUGACUCUUUCAUCACUGCUGACGAGAAGAGAGAAAAGGUGAGCACACAAUUUUUCUCUGACAUGGGUGUUAUGGCCCUCCUUUGCUGCCAUAACCAUGUCCUUUGGUUAGUCAAUAUGACUUCAGCUGGAGAAAAGCAGCAUUACGCACUGGCGCUCAUUCGACGAUGGUUCAAACACCUUCCUUCUGACUUUAAGGUGGGACUAUUGUAUGACAUCGGAUGCCAGCUUGAGCGAAGUUGUCGCAAGUGGGGCUUUCUUACCGAUGUUCUCCCCCGCAUUGUCUUCGGCAUCUUGAUUUUCCAUGCAUUUGGUCACCAAUGGUGGCUCUGGAGGCACUGGCGACAUUAUCAGGAGAAGAAGGCAGUAGCAAAGGAAGGGCUAAAGGUGUGUGACAUUCCUGUGGGGGAGUUAUGGGAGGAGUGGAAGGUGCAGGUCGCCAUGCAAACCAAGCCAGCCCCCAAGCAGUCGAAGAAUAAGGGUGCUGAGGCUAUUACAGCUAUCCUCACCCUUGAGAAGAUUCUGGAACAACAUAAUUCAAUGGUCCACGAACUCGAAAAUGCCAUCUUAUUUGGCACAGCAAACAUUAUCGACAUUGACCUGCAAUUAUCAGAAUAUCGAGGUAAAUCCAAGCACGUUGCUGAUAAUAUCCAGAAGUGCAAGUGUGGUCUCGGUGUCAGUGACCAAGCCAACUUGAAGGGCCUAUGGAACAAUGCCUACCUUCGCAUUUGCAUGAAUGCUCGCGCUAGCCGAAAAUUCAAAGUCAAGAAACUUGAACGCUCAUAUAGACGAACAAUAAAUGAAAUGAAGCUUCAGAGCCACACUGAGGUAUCUGUUAAGUGUCGUGAGCCAGGGAUCGUCAAGCUAUCGAAAACCUACAACAACCUCUGCACCCAGCUGCAAGCGCUUAUCCGUCAAGGCAAGGCUCCUCCAAACGCACUUCCCCCUCUCCCUAUCGCAUGUGAGGGUCUCUUCCAGCUCAACUUUGAUGAUGAAGUUUGGCAAGACAUAGGUCUGGAUGACGCCAAUGGCCAUAUUCCGAGGUGGCUUGCAGAUGAAAGAAUUCACCAGGGUAUCAAGUGUAUGCUUGAAUUAGAUCGUUGCGGAGAGGAGACAGUACAUAUCAUGUGGGAGAGAUGUGCGCUGCAGGAGUGGAUGCAGGAAGAGUGGAUGCGGGUGGGGUGUGUCAAGGAACAAUUCGACGAAGAUGAGGACAUGUUGUUUGUCCUUGAUCAACAUGCCACCAUGCUGGCUGAGCUGUGUGUAACGUGGCAAGAGAAACUUCGUGGAAUCCCUUGCCUAUGGCCUAUGUCACAAGAUUGGGGGCCUUCGGCUGAGAAGCUUGUAGCAGCGGCUUCGUGUCGUCACAAUUUGGUUGCAAAUGGAUUUUCUGCAGUAGUAGUGGAUGAGGAUGAGUAUGAGAACUUGAGUGAUGGAGAUGAUGGAGAGCUGCUGGAUACUAUUGAGGACAUUGCACUGCUAGAUGAAUACCGUGGCAACAGCAUUGGAGAUGAGCUGGGUGGAACUGAUUUUGAAUAUGAGCUUUUGGACUUAGAUCCAUUUUCUUCCCCAGUCCGUCCUUCCCCUCGCAAACGACUGUGA